AUGCAAGAAUACACGGAAAAGCCAGCAAGCGGUGCUGAAUCACAAUUUCAGCCUGGUGAGUCCGCAUCUUUGGAUCGAAUUUUGAUGAUGCUCAUCAGUACUUCAGGUCACCGGAUCCCAAUCCAGCAUCAGAAAAAGCCUGGGUUACAGGCGGAACUGGAGGAUCCCAAGCCUGCGUCGACCCGCAUACCGACCGACGACUAUGGAUACCAGACGUAUAAGGCAGCUGGGAAACUCGCCGGAAAGAGAGCUAUAAUUACGGGCGGCGACUCUGGGAUCGGUCGCGCUGUUGCCAUACUGUUUGCAAUGGAAGGGGCAUCUAGCCUAAUCGUAUACUUGCCCGAGGAAGAGAGAGAUGCUCAAGAAACAAGGAGAAGAGUGCAGGAAGCUGGAAAAGAAUGUCACUGCUUGGCAGUAGAUCUCCGGAAAAGGGAGAACUGCCAGAAAGUGGUUGAGGUCGCCCUUCAGUGUUUGGGAGGAAUUGACAUUCUGGUGAACAACGCUGCGUUCCAGAACAUGGUCCAAGACAUCAGCGAGCUAGAUGAGUAUGCUCUGAUUCCCCGACAUAGUCUUUUGAGGGCGCUCCUCCCUUCCCAAGAAAAGAGAAGAAGAAAAGGAAAAAACUACACGAGAACAGACAUGAUAUCUCGCAUAAUUGACCGUCUCAUUAGGGACCAAUGGCAUCGCACCUUUGACACAAACAUCCAUCCUUACUUUUAUCUGUCGAAAUACAGUCUACCGCAUAUGCGAUCUGGCUCGACGAUUAUCAACUGUGCAUCCGUUAACCAUUAUAUUGGCCGAGGUGACCUCCUUGACUAUACAUCUACGAAGGGCGCAAUCGUCGCGUUCACUCGAGGAUUGUCCAACCAACAAAUUGGGAAAGGAAUUCGAGUCAACUGUGUGUGCCCUGGUCCAAGUAAGUUUCGAUGCCGGAUAAUUGCGACGGUUGUCUCUAAGAUGGCUUCUAGUUUGGACUCCGUUGAUCCCAUCCACCAUGGAUACCUCUGCAAUGGAACAAUUCAGCUCCGUGCCCAUGGGUCGCCCGGGCCAGCCUAG